AUGGAUGUCGGCAAGGCACGGUUCCGGUAUGCCGAUCUGCCGUUUUCAAGCCAGGAAAUCGUCUAUAAACACUUGCUCUUCGACGAAAAGUCCAUGUUUCGCGUGGGCUGCAAGUUGCUAAAGCGCAUCGUUCACCCGGCAGGCUGGGUCCCGCGGCAGGCCACUAGGAUCAGGAUAAACGAGUGCACGGGCGACUGGUAUUUGUACGACGGUUUCGGCAAUAUGAGCUUUACCGUCCGCCGACAGGGCCCUGGUGAUGAUGACGGGUGGAUCGUGACGUUGGCCUGGUAUCGAAGAAAUCGGCCGCGGGAGCUGUUCACACGCCCGGCGCGUCUGGUGAUCGAGGUGCCCGCCGAUCCGUGGGGGCUGAUCGAUCGACUAUGUGCCCACGAAAACUUUGCCGAAAUCGCGAACCGGCUGCACCUGCUGCGGUGGAACGCGUAUACCAGGGAGUUACAUGGCGAGUUACCUGAACCGAUAUCUCUUUGCGGACACGCACCGCCG